UUUUUUGUUGUCGUCAUCGAGAGUGCAAAAUACAAAAGUUUAAUCCAAAUUUGUUAACUUUUCCGUUCCCGGAUCCGGCGUCCACUUUUCGGCAACUUGUUUCGACUUCUUUCGGCAGCUAGAAAAUCGAUCUUUUAUCCGAAAAUCUCCUGCCAAUCACCCAGCAGCCCCCUAGUUUGCGCUCGCCAGACGACAGUAUCAAAAAUCUUCCUCCAACAUCGAACUCCGCGCGUGGAAGGCCAGGAGAAAGUUAACCAACCGAGUGGACUCCGGAGUCAGGCCCUGGCAAGACGACAAAUUUUGUGCCUGUUUUUGCGUGUGUCCUAGCAGCUACAUCACCGUUAGAAAGUGUUCGAAGCCACCGUUUUCCGUCCCGUGAAGAUAAACCGAUUUCCGUGUGUCAGAAGACCACCGGAAGAGCUGCGGAGUGUGAAUAGUUUAUAGUUUGUUUACUUGAUCUUUGCAUCCGCAUUUACAAUAAACUCGAGCCAGCACGCACUCCGAGGUGUGUCCUUAACGGCCAGACAUCCAACAAGCGGCUGGCACGAUGGCUUCCAGUUCCACCGGUGGAAACGCGAAAAGUGACACGUCACGAAGGCCGCCAGCGAUAAAGAAUCCACUGCUGAGCUCGCAGCUAACGGGGCUAACGUUGGACGAUUUUGCGCCGGUCGCCGUGCUCCCACCCGCGGCACCUUUGCCACCCAUCGUCCGGGAACCUCCCGAAGCAACAGGACAUCCGAAACCGGCCAUCUUUAGUUCGCAGCAAGCGGAAACUGGAGCGAUACCGGAACUGCCGCAGGAUACGGAUAGUUUCAGUGAAAUCGAUCUGAACGUGAGGAGCGAUCCGCAAAGCUACACGCGCCCUCCGACGGCCACCGAGUACAAUCCGUUGCAAGAUUUGGAAGAAACGGACUCGCUGCGUGGUGGCGCAGGUGAUCGGCAGGGGGCUGAUGACGGCGGUGGUCCGUCGUCCUACUUCCAGCAAACAUCGACACUGACCGCUCAGUUCGCGGCGCAGCUACCGACCGUUGCCUCAACGGUAUUUUCAACCUUCAGUCGCGUUAUCAAGGGCAGCUCACCGGUUCCGACUGGUAGCGGUGAUCAUCAGCCAUUACCUCCACCGUCGUCGGUGGGGUACGAUUUUGGAGCGCAGCAAGAAUUUCAAAAUACAAUCCAUCCACCACCGCCGCCACCCUCGGUAGCAGUAGCCUCAUCGUUUGGCACAUUAGGGAGUACAUCCGCGUACGAUCAGGCCUACCCUUCAGGGAUCGGUAACGAGCAUCAGCUGACUGCGCAAGCAGCAUCUGAGCCACUACCACCACCGCCAACGUUCUACAAUCCGGAACAGGUGCAAACGGCGGUAGCAACAGCGGUACAGCCCCUACCACCACCAUCAUCAGCUGUUAUCGGUUCCGGAGCACCUUCCAAUAGCUACCGGUUAGGUGGAAGCAAGAAAAAAACAUAUGCUCAUAUUCCGGGUCUGAGCACGACCGGACCAUCGGUACAACAGCAACCAUUCAACGCUCAGACCGUUGCUGCUCCACCACUACCGUACGCAGUUCCACCAGUAGUAGACGUUGCGGCGCCAGCUCUACCAGCACUAGACGUUAGACCGCCUCCAGUGGAAGUACCUCCGACGAAAGGCAAACCUUCACUCUUUGGCUAUCAGUUGCCAACAAAUCUGCUCGAGAAGCUACCCAAACCAAACUUCGGUGGUGAGAAGCGUGAAGAGUCAGCAGCACCACCACCACCUAGUUCGGUUGUCGGAUCGAUCGCCGAUCAGUUUGCGGAUCAAAGCUUAGCAUCGGGAACGGGAGCAACAUUUCCACCGCCAGUAGUAGCACCGUUCUUCGCAGGAGCAGCAGCAGCAGCAGCAGUUCCACCACCACAGGGGCUUGCUGAAACAUCAGCGCAGCCAUCGAUUGAUUCGUUUUCUGCAACUUCACAACCACAGGUGGUCGAGCAGCAACCACUACAGAGUUCUGUGCCUCCGUUCGUAGCUCCAGUACCACCACCGUCGGCUCAGACGGGACCACCACCCACUUUCUAUUCGCCAGGGCAGAUACCGAGUGUUGUACCCGUUGCAUCGAUAGCGUCAAACGCCUCGAAGAAUCCGUACAGCUCAGCACGUCGUGCGCCAGGUGUCGGUCCGUACAAGAAUCCACUUGCACCGGUCAGCGCAUCGUCGAGUGGACCCGUUUUCCUACCCAAUCAGUUGCCUCCACCAGCGGUUGCGCAGUCCACUGCACCGCCGAGCGCCUUUAUUCCUCCUCCAGCAGUAGCAAUACCCGCACCACCAGCAGCAGUUGCAUUUCCAACACCGUUCUCGCAAGCUCCGGUUCCUGUAUCAAUUUUCAAUCCAAUAGCAUCGUCGUUAGACCUGAAUGAUACGCAGCAGGGCAGCGAAAAGGUAUCAGAGGACCGGAUUGCGGCACAACAGAACGUUCCAGCAUUCUUCAAUCCUUCGGCUGCUCCCGUAGAUAUCGGCCUGCCAAGAGGUUCCACUACAGGAAACGUCAAUCCUUUAAACGUUGGAGAAGUUCGAAACGAUUCGCAAGAAGCUGCAAAACAACAGCCACCACCUCCCGUGGUGUCAUUCGUGCCAUUACAAUACAAUACCCCGUUGCUAAAUCCUGAGCCGAUCCAAGCACAAUUUGAUCAGGCAAAAAAUCUUACGAGCGCACCGGAACAGUCAUCGAUCGGUGCGGAUCAAUUUACGGUUCCUUCUGCUCCGAAACCGGAAAGCAUCGCUAACGUUUUUCACGAGGACUCGUCGAAUCACGUCCUGCCCCCGGCGGCUGGUUAUUCCUCCUUCUUCGAUACCACACCAGCGGAGCAGGGUGUACCAGCGGGAGUUAAAACGAUUGUGGACGGACGCUCCAAGUCGAGUGAAAACGUUCUGUCGCCCCCGCCACGCCCAAACUCCAAUCUUAGUGAACCGGCUACUAUCUUCCCGGGAGCGAUACCACCGGCCGGAAUAUUCCUGACGGAGAACGUUGCCUCUUCCGAGUUGAACCAGACUUCGAACACUGAGCACUUGCAGCAACAACAACGUUGGCCCGUGCCAGACAGCAACGCUAACAGUAUCUCGAGCUUCUUUGCUCUGCCCCAGGCGCCAUCGUUAACGGCGGGAGGUUUAACAGAUACUGUCAAACAGACCGAGACAUCCGAGGUGAACGGUAACUUUUGGUCGAAUCAACCUUCGCAUUCCUUCGACGUAGUAGCACAAAAGUCGAAGCUACCAAGUAAGGAACCGUGUCCGGUAAUCAAUCCGUCAGACUUCUUCAACAGCAGUAGUACCGGAAUCUCUGCCGAGGACGCGAACACCGACAACUGCAUCAACACGGGUCAGCAACUGUCCUCCGUUCCUUUGUUCAACUUCUUUGGUCGACCAGCACCGGCUGUUCCAACAUUAUUGCCGCCAGCAGCGACCAGCGAAGCAGUACAACAACAUUCAGCUCCGCCUCCAGUUACUCCUCCUCUUUUAGUCCCGGAAGAUCAGGCGGACGGUAGUAAGAUCGGUGGUGCCAACGAUAGCUUGACAACAGAGAGCGAACAGGAAGAGCAGCGCUUUGUCGGUGUCGUGAACGAACCGAUCUUUAGUAGCGACAAUCUGUUUGACUUUAAAUCGUCCGCGUAUCAGGAAGGUGGCACCGAGUACCGGCGUGAGCAGCGCAGUAGCGAGGAACAGGAUAACAACGGGCUGGGUUUAGAUCGAAGCAUCACCGACAGUAUGGCAGCAUUGGCAACGACAAGCGUUGGCGCACCGGACACUACAAUGACCACUACGACGGCACCAUCGGUCGCGGAAUCGACGACCAACAUUGCGUACAGACCAACGUACAACCAUUGGUUUUAUCGGCGUGAGGUAGAGGGUAAGGUGAUCUGGUCACCGUUCACGAUGGCCGAUUCGAUGGCGCUCGAGGACGGAUUAACGCUCGAGACGUCGCGCACCGACACACAGAGAGAGACGAGCGCUCCGGUGAUCGUGCAUACCGAUGGUGGCCGGUACGAUGUGUCGAUACGCGACAGAACACGGACGCCCGUCUACUGGAAGGGUACCGCGAAUGAGGUGCGCCGUUGUUCGUGGUUCUACAAAAACGUCGAUUCCCGGUUCGUACCGUACGAGGAGGAGGUAGCGGAUUUACUCGAGAGCGUAUACAAGGAGGCGGCCACAACGGGAGAGUGGCACAGGCGAGUGACGAUCCCGAAUGGGGAAACGGUCGUGUUCCAUGGUCCCUCGGUGAUCGUGCAUUUCCUACAAACGCAAAACCCGGAUACCUGGGGUAGCGGCAACUCACCGGUCCCGUCGACAACGAAUCGUCCGCGCGUGGUGAAGCGAGGUAUCGAUGAGUUCAACAUUGAUGACGAUGAGCCGGAGAAGAUCGAUCAUCUUAUGUUUAUGGUGCACGGUAUUGGUGAGGCGUGCGAUUUGCGGUUCCGGCGGGUCGAGGAGGUGGUCGAUGAGUUCCGGAGCAUCUCGGCACAGCUGGUACAAAGCCACUACCGCUCGGCAUUCGAUCGCAGUGAAAUCGGACGCGUCGAGAUAUUGCCGAUCUCGUGGCACGAUGAUCUGCACUCGGAGGAAUCGGGUGUGGAUGAGAAGCUGAAAUCGAUCACACUCGAUUCGAUUCCCAAGCUGCGCCACUUCACUAACGACACGCUGCUCGACGUGCUGUUCUACACGAGCCCGAUGUUCUGCCAGAGCAUCAUCGAUGCGGUCGGCAAUUCGUUGAACCGACUGUACACGCUGUUCUGUCAGCGCAAUCCUUCCUUCGCCGGUGGCGUUUCGCUGGCCGGCCAUUCGCUCGGUUCGCUGAUUCUCUUCGAUCUGCUGUGCCAUCAGAAGACGGACCAGAAACCGAUCGAAACGGAAAACUCGGAGAACCCAGAUGCGGACUCCGUGCCACCGUUGGCGAGCCACGUAUCCACCGUACACCAUCGGCCGCUGGUGCGCAAGUGCUCCCAGCAGAUUAACUACGAGGUCGGACCGGCCGGUACCGGGCAACCGUACAUCACCUAUCCGCAGCUACUGUUCCGGCCGAAGAAGUUCUUCGCUCUCGGUUCACCGAUCGGCAUGUUCGUCACGAUACGAGGCAUCGAUGCACUUGGCUUGAACUUUGCGCUACCGACCUGUGAGGGGUUCUUCAACAUCUUCCACCCGUACGAUCCGGUAGCGUAUCGGAUUGAGGCCCUCGUAAAUCCGGAGCUUAGCUCGCUGCGCCCCGUACUGAUACCGCAUCAUAAGGGUCGCAAACGGAUGCAUCUGGAACUGAAGGAAACCAUGGUGCGCGUCGGUAACGAUCUGAAGCAGCGCGUGUCCGACGUGUUUCGGAAUACGCUCGACACGGUCUACGCACUGACCGCCCUGAACACGUCACGGCCCGACCCGAAAACGAUCGAGAAGGAGGUGGACAAGGUGUUGCAGGAUCAGCUAAAGUUCGAGACGACCGGUUCCUCGGCGAACUUGGCCAGCUCGGGAAGCGAUGUCGACAGUGGGGAAACUAGUCUUCCGCUUGGGCGACUAAAUCAAUCGCGUCGCGUCGAUUACGUACUGCAGGAGGCACCGUUCGAGUUCAUCAACGAGUACCUGUUCGCUCUGACCAGCCACGUGUGCUAUUGGGACUCUGAGGAUACAAUGUUGUUUUUGAUGAAGGAAAUCUAUAGCACUCUCGGUGUACAGGCUGACAUACAGGUACCUCAACAGUCGAUGACGAUCGAGCGACCUACUGCGACCACUAGUCCGGCACCUUCCAACUGUUCGCUUAGCAACAACAGCUACAAUCUUUACCCGCAACCAUCCACGAGCGGGAGCGGUAAUCGAUGAGCGGGCAGCGGCCCUUAGCGGGGUCGGACAGACCCAAAAUCCCAAAGCGCUUAACCGAACUCCAGGGAUGGUAGCCUUAAACAUGUUUUUAAUUCGUUUAGUGCCUAAGUUUUGAUCGGAACCCCCUCGGGGUGCUCGUUUUGGACGACUGUUCACGGUCAACUGUUUCGUUUUACAAUUUCCUCCGAGUCUAGUAACGCGACGCCACGGGCUUCUGGAGCACCGAGAAUGGCAGCAUAUGUUCAGGAUGCUUUUCUGUAUGUUGUUAAGUUAAUAUAAUGUAUGUAAAAUAAAUCAAAAGCUAAUAUAAGCCGUAUAA